AAAGCAAAACUUUAUUCAAGUGUUAUUGGUGAGCAAAUGAAUGAUAAUAUACCAGUUGAUGGUCAAUAUUGGUGGUCAAAUGUGAGACAAGCUGUGAGAUUUUAUGAUGCUAUAGCAGCAAUUAUAAAAGAUGAAACAGCAAAUGUUUUUCUUGAAAUUUCACCACAUCCAGUUUUAGGUACAUCUAUUCGCGAAUGUUAUGAAUUAACAAAGCAACAACAACAAUCAUCACCACUUAUUCUUCCAACAUUAAAACGAAAAGAAGACGAACAAAUAACAUUACUUACUAGUUUAGCACAACUUACAACAUCAUCUCAUGUAUGGCAACAAUAUUUUCAUACUCGUCAAAUUUUACCGUUGAAAAAUCAUGAAGAAUAUUUUGAUAAUUUUCCACUAUAUAAAUUUCAUUUGAGUUCAUGUUGGUAUGUGUCAAAAGGUUCAUCUAUACAACGUUUAACUAAUCGUAUUCAAACUCAUCCAUUACUUAGUAAUCAUCAAUUAAAUGAACAAACAAGUGCAACAUGGAAAAGUCUUAUUAAUAUCAAUUUACCACAACAUUCUUUUUUAAAAGAUCAUAAAAUUCAAGAUGCAAUUCUUUUCCCGGUUGUUGCUUAUCUUGAACUCGCAACAGCUGCUUGUCAACAAUUACUUCCCCCAAAAGAAGAUGAUCAACAACAACUAACACUUAUUUUUGAAGACGUAAACUAUAAUAAAGCACUUAUUCUUAAUGAACAUGAAUUGAUGGAAGUAUUUGCACAAAUAAUUAUGCCAAUGAGUAAAUGGUAUAUUAUAUUUUGUAAUCAAGAUAAUCUUAAUAAAUAUUCAUUAAAUGAAUUUACUUUACAUGCUCAAGUUCUAUUACCAGGUGUUGAAACAACAUUUCUUCCAGUACGUAUUCCAAAAUCUAUUUAUUCAAGUAAAACAAAAACAAAGAUGAAUCAAUCAACAAAUGUUGAAGUACGUGGAAAGUAUCAUGAUAAUAUAUGUGUUAUAGACCAAGAAGAAAUAUAUAGUCUUGAUCUAUGGAUAUUUCCAAUGGAUAAUAAAAUCGAAGAACCAAUAUUUACAUUUGAAGGUGCUGUUAUUCAACAAGUUCAAGGUAUACAAUCUGGUCGAUGGUCAAUGGAAAAAACAAUUUAUGAUAAAUGA